AUGUCGUCGAACGACAUUGAGAAUAAAACAAAGGUGUGGAUUCUAUGGAUAUUGAUAUGGAUAUGGUUAAGUUCCAGCUUUCCAGUUGAAGGUAUUGAACAUGAUACAACAUGUUACGACAACUGUGACUGCUGUAAGAAUAAUAUAUGUCAUACUGAUGAAAAAUAUAAUUGGAAUAAUGUCUGCAAACAUGGAUGCAUCGGUGGUCAUAGGGGUGCUAGAUGCUACGAAAUAUGUUCAUAUAAUAAUUGUCUUUCGUGUCUCAAAAGACCAGAUAAUUGUGACAAAUGCUAUGAAGGCUUUUAUCCAGGACCAAUAAAGGACUGUAAAUCAGAGUGUCCAUCUGCAUGUAAAGAAUGUAUUUCAAACACAAGCUGCACUUCUUGUAAGGACGGUUAUUAUGAUAAAGAGGGCUCGACAACAUGUCAGUAUCAUAUUUGUCCAGAGAAUUGUGAGUGUAAUGGUAGUGUUUGUGUCACUUGCAAAAACGGGUUUUUCGACACAGCAGCUAAAUGCAGCAGAGAAUGUCCGCCUAACUGUGUCGCAUGUUCAUCUAAGAAUCUAUGUGACGAGUGUAAAAACAACUUUUAUAACGGGUAUGAAUUUGACAAUAAUGCGGGGCCGUUAUUCAAUAAUUGCACGUUAAGAUGCAAAGAUGCAUGCACAAAGUGCCACUCAUACGACAACUGUCUGCUUUGUGUUAAGGGAAAAUAUGGCCAAAAAUGUCAAGAUAACUGCUCAGUUGGUUGUAAGGAUCGAAUCUGCCAUAUCAAAUAUGGUGAUUGCAUCUGUUCUUCAAACUUUGUUGGUGACAAAUGCAAUGAAUGCGUUAAUGGAAAAUAUGGGACCAAUUGUAACACGGAUUGUCCCGAAAACUGUAAGAAUGGUAAGUGCAAAAAAAAAUUCGGGACAUUGUAGUGACGGUUGCAUUACUAACACAAUCUUUGGUGAAACGUGUAAUUUCUGUACAGUGGGUAGGCAUGGUACGCUAUGCAACAAAAGGUGUCCUGUCAAUUGCAAAGGUACAAACUGCGAACGAAGUACUGGCGUCUGUACUGAAGGAUGUGAAAGUAACUUUACUGAUAAUUUUUGUGACCGUUGUAUACCUAGAAAAUACGGUGCAGCCUGUGAAAAUGAAUGUUCAGUUAAUUGUGCAAAUUCAGUUUGUGAAAAAGAAACGGGGAAUUGCUUUGGAUGUACAGAAAAUUUUGAUGGGGACAAAUGUGAUAUAUGUAAAGAUGGGUUCUACGGGCAGAAUUGCAAUAGUUCCUGUUCUUUUCAAUGUUUCAACAAAACAUGCGGUAUCAAAAGCGGUAUAUGCAACAACGGCUGCACAAAUAAUUAUUCAGGUGAUAAAUGUUGUGUACAGAGCGACAACUGCAUAGAAUGCGCCUCUGACACUGAAUGCAAAAACUGUAAAUCAGGUUAUUUCAGUAAAUUGUGUCAGAAAAAGUGCCCUGUUAACUGUUUAGGCUUCUGUGACAUUUCAUCAGGCGUUUGCAACGAUUGCAUAAUAAAUCAUUUUGGACCUUUCUGCAACUCCAAAUGUUCUGAAAAUUGCAAUGUUUCACGGAACAGCUCCACACAUAAUUGUGCGACAUCCGACGGAACAUGCAUGUUUGGUUGUAAACAAGGUUUCUUCGGGCUUAAUUGUAAUGAGACAUGUAGCAGUCUUUGCAUGGACGCUUUGUGUAGACAGGAGAGCGGUAUAUGCGUAAGAGGUUGUGUAGGCACAAAAGACGACCCGAUUUGCCAUCUCAGUUCA